GCCGCUGUCUCAAAUGGCGGAUGUCGUCGAGGCGCAUCGACUUCGGUGGGUCCGGCCAGGAUCUUCGACACGCCCGAGGAGCUGCUAGCGGACAUUGGCGAGCCUUGCCGGGAUAAUCCACAGACGCUGGUAUUUCUGCACGGCGUCCGAUUUGCGCCCAACGUCGGCGCGAGCUUACGUGCUAGCCACCUUCUGGGUGCGCAGGGCUGUCUCUUGGCUGGCGGUCUGGCGGAGUCGCGGCAGCGACGGCCCUCGCCACUUGAGGAGGCCAUCCGCAUCUCCAUGGCAGCCCGGCACGGCUGGCCGCUGCGAGUCUCCAGCUGCGCUCUGCCCGACAGCGCUGGAGCUGUCAAG